CCCCUCUGAGUCAGUGAAUUCAGGUUUUUCAAUCAUCUCCAGGGCCACAGGUGUAUAAAAUCAAGCAUCUAGGCAUGCAGACUGCUUCUACAAACAUUUGUGAAAGAAUGGGUCGCUCUCAGGAGCUCAUUGAAUUCCAACAUGGUACCGUGAUAGGUUGCAACCUGUGCAAUAAGUCCAUCUGUGAAAUUUCCUUGCUACUAAUUAUUCCAUGGUCAGCUGUUAGUGGUAUUAUAACAAAGCGGAAGCAACUGGGAACAACAGCAACUCAGCCA